UGUGAGCAAGCCUCAGUUCGUGGAUACCUUCAGCUGCUAUCCAUUUUAUACUGUUCAUCACUCCCAACUCUCGUCUCUUGUUACAACAAUCCAACUGCCAUUAACUUCUCUUCUGAUCUAUCUGAAAUUUCUCAGCAGUCCUUGUACCAAAACCUCUGGAACUUCUUAUUUCUUUUUAUCAUUGUCCUUGGUGUGUCGAAACUUUCAAAAUUUCCUUCUGAAGUACACUCAAACGAGUCAAAAGUAGUUAUGGUGUGCCAAGCAGCAAGCCAGACAAGAUUUAGGGCACUUAAACAUGAAAAUGGGAUCGCUGGAAGAACUACCAUAAUUGUUAGAGUUAUAGCAUGCUUUCAAUCUUUGCAAAAUUGCCAGGCUGAAUAUUUCCGGCACUUGCUGAAACCCGUUACGUAGUUUGGUCCUAAUUUCACAUCCUUCACAUCAACCUAGCAGGAUUUUGUCUUUUCACUCUCCUUUUCGCUUUUAAAAUAUUCAAAAGUAAUUUUAGUCGCAGGACUACAUACUAGCAUAAUCCCGGUUUUUCUCUCUUUUGGCACGAUGUUUUCGGCCAAAGAGUCUCGGAACGUAUCCUAUUUGGAUCACAUGGCACUUUUACGGAACGGCCGAAAUUAUAGCGUGCCAUUUUUUCUUCCUUCAGAGCUGACUGCCAAUCUUGCUACUUUUCCAGGGCAGUCUGCUUCUAACUAUUUGCCUGUUUCGAAAACAGGCCAAGAAAAUGCAGCCGAUCGGUUUUCAAAACCGAUGCCUCGAAACCGCAAUAUCUCGUUUCCGACCGAAAACGAGUUAGUUGGCAUUAAAGCGACUGAUGAUACUCUGUAUGCGCCGCAGAAAAUGUUCCUUAUUUUUGAUCAAUCAGAAUACCAGACGAAAUUGCUUUUUAGCCCUUCAUUUCCCCCUCAAAAUCAGUUUUUUGCACCUGGUGUAACGACAGCUGGUGUAAAUCCCGAGUUCUCGACAAAUCCGACACCUGAAGAAAAAUGGGACGAAAAUCGUUUGACUGAUGGAGAAGGUGAGCAUGAUUUUCGCGAAGAUACUGAAGAAAUCGAUGCAUUAUUUUAUUCUGAUAGUGAUGAUUAUGAUAACGAAGACGAUGAUGAAGUAGCUAGCACGGGCCACACACCUUUCACAGAUGACAAAUUAGUCGAGGAACCAUUAGAACAAGUGUUGGAUUCUAACGACACGCAGAAAAGACGAAAAUUGCUCGACAGUAAGUUCAAGAAAUCACCAUGGACCGGCCAUGGAAAUCUCUCUGGUGAUGAAAUCGAUUCGGUCAAGAGAGAGAAGAAGGUUAAAAUCCGUCAAGCAUUGAGAAUCCUAGAGAGUAUUAUUCCUGGUCUUGAUGAGAAAGACCCACUUUCCGUUAUCGAUAAGGCAAUUGUUUACUUAAAAUCAAUGAGAACCGAAGCCGAAGCCCUCGGACUAAGUUACUCCAGGGGCGAAUCCGUCAUUUCUCCCUAGACCAAGGGCGUGUAUGGAUAUAAUCAUGGUCAGUUUUUGAAAGUAGUAGUAAAGGUGUGUUAUCUUUUUCCUCUUUUGGCCACAGACCCUUUUGAUAAAGUUGGAGCAAGCUUAAUGGGAUGGGGGAGCUUUUAUUCGUGUCUUUCAAUCUCAGUCUCAUCUCAUUACACUCGGGUGAAGAAAAAAUUGGAGCUAUGAUUGUGGACUUGAAAUGAUUAUUUUUUUAAGAGUGCCUUUUUCUUUGUUUUUUUGAAGCGGGGGUUUUUGAAGAAAGCAUGACAGAUUUGAACGCAUGGUUAUGUUGAUAUGGUGGUGUGAAAGGACUCCCCUUUUUCCCGGUAUUGGAAUAAAAACUCCAUGGAUUUUGUGAGCAUGCGCAUUUUGGUGAUAAAGAAGAAAAAUGGUCCCACUUUCCAUUUACCAUUAAGCUUUGUUUGUUGAUUUUUAUGGUUACUUGUCGUUGUGGGCUUUCCAAUUUCCAUCCCUCAGUUGAAAUUGGAUAUUUGGGCCGGUUUUGGGUCUUCCACUUGUGGUUUACGGGUCAGUCUCAGCCCAUUAAAUUCUGUAUCGUGUUUUUGUGUCGUGCCACAUGUCGUCACCAGAGGUUCAUGAUGAAUUUGCUGAGUGUAAGAGUCUAUGAGAAAUCUUGUUGCUUGUUCCAAUUUGUGACUUGUGAGAUUUCUGGCUGUCAAAAUUGUGCUUGUGUGUGUGAGAGAGAGAGAGAUGUGUGGUUGUAUUGUUUGAGAUUGCUGGUCGUGUGCUUUGUAAUAAAAUAAAUCUGCUACUGCAGUUUGUGGUUGUAAUGAUAUCGUUAAUUGGCUUUUGGUGUUUUCUUUUUCA